CACAGUUUCUCAAGAGCCGCGCAUACGAAUGGACACGUUUUUCCGCAAACAACAAGUGAGAGUGGACGUUAUUUAUUUCAGUUAAAUUUUUAUUCAAGAAAAAUAUAAAUAAUAAAAAUUUUAAAUAUUAAAAAAAACUAAAUAAAAUAAUUAACUGCACUUGUUUUGUGACAAAAAAAAACUAGUUUUUAUGGCUGUAAAUUUAUUAAUCAUUUAAUUGAAGAAAAAUAUUUAAGUGUUAAAAAUUUACAAGAAAUUUAUUUAACUAGUAAAUAAAUCAAAGAAUUUUAUUGUAACUGUCUAAAAAAUUUGAAAGUUGGUUUUAAGUGGUUUUUCUUUUGCCAAAGAACACUUGUUUACAAACUUAUAAAAACAACACAAAAAUGUUAAUUAAAUUAAUUUUAAAAUUAAUUUAUAUUACUCUACCUUUGGUAAGCCUUUGCCAUGGCUUUAAUACGGAGUCUACAGAAACUUCUAGUGAUUUGUACGAUAAUUUUACUAGUACAGAAUCCUCUACUUCAUCACUGCCCAAACAGUUGUACCAGAAUAAACGUCGUUUACUAUUGAGCGCUAUCGUUAUAGUUCUUGGAGUGAUUGGUAAUUUUUUGGCUUUAGUGAUUUUGGCGCGCAAAAAGGCCACCAAACAUAGUAAAUAUACGUUUAUGUUGCGUUGUUUAUCCACUAACAAUUUUAUAGGUUUAUUGGGCAUGUUAACCACUCUGCUGUUGAAAUUCUAUGUACCACGUGAAAUCUUUGAACAAUACACCAAAUGGGAUUGUGUGGGAAAAGUCAUUUGGAGAUUUUUCGGCUUAAGUUCCGGUUGCAUAGCAGCCGUUAUGGCCAUAGAACGUUGGAUGGCUUUGGCAAGACCAUUUAUAUAUCACAAACACAUUACAUAUGAAUUGGUGCGUAAAACUAUUAAAUCCUUAAUAUUAAUAGCAGUGGUCAUAACGUUUUUGCCAUUCUUUGGUUUCGGUGCCUAUAUGGAUGAUAGUGAUCCAAAUAAAGUGAAAUGUUUACGUUAUCGUGAUGCUGAGGGUUUCUUAAAUAAAACCUAUUCAGUAUUGUUUAUGUUAUUUGGCACUCUAUUGUGUGUGGUUAUAGUCGCCUGCAACUUAUUUGUUACACGCGUUCUAUGCUUCAUUGGACGUACACGUACCACUCAACGUCACAUGACUUACGACAUGGUAAAUCGUUGUGAAAAGGGUUCGACCGCACAAAUUGAUGGUGAGAGCUCUAGCGGCACGACACUGUAUCAGCAUCAUCAAAGCAGUACGACACACAUACCACAAUAUCAUCACACUAACAGCGUGAAUUUGACAGCAGCCGCAUCGCCCGAUGAAAUUAAAUUCGCCAAAUUAAUGUUGUUCUUGAGCAUUUCAUUUGUUAUCUGCUGGAUGCCACAAAUGAUUGCCAUACCCAUGGCCAUAGUACCGAAUCGUGUUCCCAAAGCUCAUCCUUUCUUUUUAGUAGCCGAUAUGUUGAUGGCUUUACAUUUUACAUCGGACCCUUAUGUUUAUGUCUUGAGUCGCACGAAACACUCGUACAUUUUGGGAUGCCUCAAGCGCUGGCGUACCGGUUUAAAACGUUCACAAAGCGAUCAAAGUCGUUUACGCACAACCAUCGAACAACAUACUUUAGAUUGUGGUCUCAAUUAAGUUGACAUUGCUUUUUGGUUUUAAUUUUCUGAUCUUCUUUUUCGUAUGUUGCUUCUGGAUACUUUUAAUAUUUUUUUCUUUUUCCUGGGAUAAUUACAUGCUUCCUUUGUGACGUAAAGACAUUAUCUUUUUUAAGGCACAGUGGGUUAUAGUUUAUAAAAAAAUAACUUAAAUGUUAUUAUAAUUUAUCAGAAAAGUUAUUGAUCUCAUUGAAAACAAAUCUGAAAUUGGCAAUAUUUUCUUAUUCCAAAUAUUGGUAACUUAUUAGUUAUUCAGUUUGGCACAGUUUAACACAAAACAAGUAAGGGAACAAGGUUUAUUAACAAUUAACCUUAAGAGUAAUUAAAAUAAGACUAAUUUAGUGGCCCGAACGAAAACUGUAUACGAAGCAUUAAGCGAAACUUUUCUAUGGAAAGACGUGGCUUUAUCAACUCCGAAAAUGAUUUCUAACCGAUUGGAAUAUUUUAUAUAACACCAAUAUUUCUGUUCCUUAAAACAUCAGCACAAACCCUCCUCACUUUAGUGGUGUAAAGUAUAGAAAUCUAAUUAGUUUUCUAAAUAUAAAUACAUAUAAUGCAAUCGUACGUCUUAUUGAAAUUAUUGAGAACAAAAUUUUAAUUGUUAGAAUUUACAUUGAAAACUACAAAUGCCGAAACUUUCAUCGAACUGCUGAUCGUUUCGCGUGUUUUUUUAUUUAUUGAGAAUAAAUAUUGAUUUCUUUGGAUAUAAGACCAACCAUUUUACUUCCAUAUAUUUGGCGAUCCUUUGUAUUGAAAUUAUUGAGAACAAACAUUGAAUGGAAAUUGCAUGAUUCUAGGAGAGCGUUAUGCAAAGCUGCAGCUUUUUAAAGCUGCAAAUGCCAAACUUUCAUUAUGCUGAUCGUUCCGCAUAUGUUUCUUGUUUAUUGAGGGCAAAUAUUGAUUUCUUUACAAAUAAGACAAAAUUAAAUGGUUUUACUUUCAGCUGACUCAAGUAGGUCAAAAAUCCAAAUUCGAGCAUACUUUGCGCUCCUUUACCACAGUCGCUGAUGGGAAACGAACCUUGUGGUUUUAUUAAAAUUAUUGAGAACAAACAUUGAUUGGAAAAUGCAUGACAUUGCGAGAGCUUUUUGCAAUCCGACUUUAUGUCAUGUAACACUUUUUAUGUAAACCUGUGCUUUUCAAAGCUGCGAAUAUCAAACAUUCAUUACGUUGACCGUACCGCAUGUUUUUCUUAUUUAUUGAGAGCAAAUAUUGAUUUCUUUGAAAAUAAGACAAAACAUUUUACUUCCAGAUAUUUUGCAAUCCUUUACCACAGUCGUUGAUGGGAAACUAACCAUGUGGUUGUAUUGAAUUUAUUGAGAACAAACAUUGAUUGGAAAUUGCAUGACUCUACGGGAGUGUUCUGCGUUUCUACUUUAUGUAACUCUUAAAUUACAUUUUACAUUGAAAUUUUUUUAUGCAAAUCUGUAGCUUUUUAAAGCUGCAAAAUGCAAAUGCCAAACUGAUCGUUCCGCAUACUUUUCUUGUUUAUUGAGGGCAAAUAUUGAUUACUAAUUAAUAAAAUAUGUUUAAAGAAAUAUUGUAAAACACCCCACUGUGCACCAGACAGCAUCACAUUUGUACUUAUUAUCCGAUUGAUUAUAGUUGUAGUUGGUUAUUAACCUAAUUAUUUUGUUUUUCUUUAAUACCCCAAUGAUUAACUUUAAGUAAAAAAUGUUAAAAACAAAAAUGUCAACAAGUUUUAUGUCAAACAUCCAAUCCAAAUUAGUUUUUACUAUAACUGUUGUAAAUAAUAAAUUUUUAGUAUUAAGUUUUAAUUAAUUAUAUUUUAAGCUACAUAUGAACCCAUAAUUUGUUGUAUGUGAAUAAUUCCAUUACUAAUUAAGUAUACAAAUUAUUAAAUGUAUUUAACCAUAAUUGAUAAAUCGUACAAUAUAGCAGUGCAUUAUAAAAUAAAAAUUCAAUAUUUUCAUUUUUGAUUUGAAACUUUGCUAUGUACAUAAAUUAAUAUUUAUUUUCAUUUGCUUUUCACUUCAUUAUUAAAUUUCACGAUUUAUAAGGAAAUAUAAGAAUAUAUUUUUGUCUAUUGCAAAAUUUAAUAUUAAUGUAAUAAUUGUUUAAAUUAGAUUUUAAGUAAAUUAAUUAUGAAUGUCAAAGGCUGGUAUCACUUGUUUGAAAGUGCAAAAUACAAAAACAAAAAGAAAUAAAGUGUACGAACGAUUCGUUAGACGAUAUGUUGUUUAAAUUAAGUUGUAUGUUAUUAUUUAAGUACGUGUUUUAAUAAUAAACAAAAUAAUUGAAAUAA